CAAUGUUGCAAAACAAAGAGUUUUUAUCGGUUAAAAAACAUUUGUCAAAGUUCAAGCACGAGAAUCCGUAGUAAAUAUCAGUGCGGAUCCCUUUUAUUUUAAUCUCGGCAUGAAUUCAUUCAUGAUAGUCCAUAUAAAAUAGAAAUGCAUCAAGUUGCCUGUGCCUUUGUGUUGUAUAUUUUGUUUUAUUCGAAUGUCAGUGCAAUUAACGAAAACGAUGGAGACAACUUGAUAAGAAAACAUGGAGGAUUCUUCUUUAGCAUGCCAAAAACUCUUUCAGCUGGCAAAAAUGAAACUGUAUGUUUAUCUUUGCAUCAUAUAAAUACACCAUCCAGAGUUUUAGUUGAUCUAAAAUGGAAAGGACAUCAUUUUCUGACCGAAAGAAAUUUAGGAACAGAACACACAUGUUUCAAUAUGCACGUUCCAGACUUUGAUUUAAUUGAACCACAAUACGUCAGUAUCAAAAUCCAGGUUCUUGACGGUAAUCAGGUACAAUCAGCUCACAAUCAGGAUCCUAUCCUGAUGUACCCCAAGGAAAGUUGUAAAAUAUUUCUUGAAACUGACAGGGCAAUGUACAAACCUGGCGAUUUGGUUAAAAUAAGAGUGUUGUGUUUGAAUGAGAGAUUUUUACCCGAUGAUUCCCAGAUAUCCGAAAUCAAGAUAAGAAAUCCCAUGGAUGUUGGUGUUUUUGUCUGGAAUAAUAUGUCUCUAGACCACGGAUUGGUCAACUUGGAAUAUCCACUGGUUGAAGAAGCGUUAAUAGGAAAAUGGAAAAUAGAGGUGGAUAAAUUAAUGAAAACCUUCGAAGUUGCCAAAUAUGUAGUACCAAGGUUCAAAAUCGACCUGAUCCAUCCCAAAUCCGUAUUUUACAAGACAAAUUCGAUCAAUAUUACCGUUUGCGCUAAAUAUUCUUACAACAAACCAGUUGCGGGUACUGCUUUUGUAAAAAUCCACGAUUCUGUGAACCAUAUGAAAGUGUUAAAUAUUUUACAAGAGAUGGAAAAUGGAUGUGCCUACUUCGAUAUCAGUAAAUACGAACUAAACUUGAGCGAUAUAAGUAAAGAAUUCUCUUUGGCGGACCCUAGAAUUUUUCUUCAUAUUACGGCCACAGUUACUGAGCAAGGAACAACAAAAAUGGACAUUGUUACUGGAAAAUCGGAAAUCCAUGUAAAGGGCUAUACUCUGAAAAUCCAAAGCAGCCCUAUAUUCAUCCCUGGAGUACCUUACGAAGGGCAAAUGAAACUCAUCAACGCAAUCACUGAUAUUACUGGCGAAGUGAUAAAACUUUGUUACAAUCUAGCAAUAAAGAAAAGUUGGAACUACUUUAAGAAUGAAGAAUGUAGAAACUAUACUGUUCCAGAAGAUGGGAUUAUUCCUUUUAAAUUAUGGCCACUAAAAAAUAGUGUUCUUCAUAUACAUUUAGAUGCAAAUUCUAUCAACAACACUAACAUCGAGGACAGUUUUCUAGCUGUUAGACUCUACAGUCCCACUUCUAGUUACAUUUACAUUGAAAGGGACACGAAUAUCAACAAAACUUGCGAUACACCGUUUCAGUAUAAAAUUUUAUAUACCACUGACCAUUUCAAAGAAGGAGAAAAUAUUACUUUUUAUUAUAUGGUAAAAAUAAAUUCAGAAAUAAAUAAAUUAAAGAAAAUAAAACACACUGUCAGAAAGCACAAUGCAAUAAGCUCAGAAGAUAGUAAAAGUUUUUUAGGAAAUGAACACAGAUUUGUCAAGUUUGGAUCGAGUGUAGAUCAGUUUGUUAUAAAAAUAAAAAUGGAGAAAAUUGUUUACAAAUUCCAAAUUUUGGUGUAUUAUAUUACUAAAGAUGGGGAAACAGUAGCAGCUAGUAGAACACAAGAAGUAAAACCCUGUUCUUACAAGGUAGAUGCUUAUUGGAACGAAAAUCAGCUAGUUCCAGGCAAAUCAGCAACUCUGACUAUAAAGUCAGACAAACAAGCUUUGUGCGCUGUAACAGCUACUGAUAAAGCUACUAAAUUCAUAUCAUCCAGCCAAUCACAAAAUCUCAAUUGGGAAAGCAUCAUCAAAACGAUGUCUCAGCAUAAAGAUGGCGCUAGAUCUUCUAGGACAAGCUGUAUAUCGAAUAAUAAAAAAAUACUAGCAUUACAUCAGUCUGCCAAUUCAACCUCUAUGAGGAAUAAAAGACAUGUUUUUACAUUCUCAGAGGAUUAUGAUUCUUACGAUGUUUUGAAUAAAUUUGGAGUGAUUACUAUAUCCAAUUUGAAGAUAGUCACAAAGCCUUGUUACAGCGGUCCCUUGUUUACCGACGCCAAUGAAGCCGAAUUCAUGACUGAUCAGUACAAUAAUGACAUUGAUGAAACGUCAGAAGUGACAGUUCGCACAUAUUUUCCCGAAAAUUGGUUGUGGGAGUUUGUUCCAGUGGAAAAUUCUACACAAAUACAUCGAGACCUACCACAUUCUAUAACGACCUGGACAACCAACGUUUAUUGUGUUUCGACAAAAGAUGGCGUGUCGUUCGCUCCCCAGACAGAAGUGAUCAGUAUCCAACCGUUUUUCAUUCAAGUCAUCACACCGUACUCCAUUAAAAAGGACGAAAAUUUCUACUUGCCCAUCAAUGUUUUCAAUUAUCUCAACUACUCCUUCCCCAUUAGGGUUUCUAUAAGACUGACCGGCAAUCUUCAACUGACCAAUCCACAUUCGUUUCUCAGUACUUCCUACUGUCUCAAGGAAAGCAGUACCUUAACUCAUAACUACCAGAUAUCCGGUACAGAAGUUGGUAUAGCUCACGUGACUGUUUCUGUUGAAACGGAUAACCAGUAUGCGUUGCCAUGUGGUCCAGAUACUAUAAUUUCAAAAAGGGAUGCUGUAUUAAAGUCUUUAAUAGUUGAAGCAGAAGGAUUUGAAGAAGUUCAGACAAAAUCAGCGUUGAUAUGUAGUUCAGAUAGUGAACCAACUAACUUAACGAUUUGGAACUUCAACAUACCUGAAGAUAUCGUAUUGGGUACUAACACCACAAUUGUUACUGUCAAUGGAGAUUUGCUAGGACCUACCAUUGAGAAUCUGAAACAAUUACUGACCAUUCCAACCGGUUGUGGGGAACAAAUUAUGGCAUCCCUAGCUCCAAACAUCUACGUUCUGCGUUACUUAAACGUAACAGGAACUUUAACACCCCUAGUUAAGCAACGUAUACUGAGAAAUUUCAAAAUAGGAUAUCAAAGAAUCCUUAAUUACAUGCACAAAGACGGAUCUUUCUCAGCUUUUGGGUACUACGAUCCGGCAGGUUCCAUGUUUUUGACAACUUUCGUGGUUAAAAUACUCCAACAGAUAAAGGAGUUCGUAUACGUCGAUCAAAAAAUUAUCGAUAAGGGCAUAGAGUGGAUUUACACUAACCAGCUUGAGAAUGGUUGUUUCGAUGCAGUGUAUCAUGUUUUUCAAGAUAUGGGUGGUACAAACACAGAAAGGAGCACAGCAGCCUUGACCUCCUAUGUUAUUCUAAGCCUAUUAGACGCCGGAAUUUCAGUACCUGAAGAAGUCCAAACAAAUGGAAAGUACUGCAUACGCAGUCAAAACAAUCCUGAUAAGUACUCUCUCAUCAUCAGUUGUUACGCUUUGUUCAGAUUAAAGUGGAUCAACGAAGGUACCAGGUUUUUGGAGAGAAUAUUGUCUGUAUCUCGACAAGAAGAUUAUAUGAUGUGGUGGAGCUCAAAAGAUGAUAACGAGUUUCAUGCUUCAGACAUAGAAAUCACAAGCUACGCUUUAUUGGCUCUAAUGCAUCAGAAAACAUCAACCAAUUUAGCGCAUGCUCAUUCCGUUGCCAAAUGGUUAUCCUCCAAAAUAGGACCGACUGGAGCGUUUAAAUCAACCCAGGACACUGUAGUUGCACUUGAAGCACUAACCACAUAUGCCGAAUACAUUCAAGCGCAUGUCUUGGAUUUAACUGUAGAUUUAAAAACGUCAAACGAACGUCACUUGGUAACCUUAACUCAGAGUGACAGAUUGAAAGCAAGACGUAUACCUCUGAAAAUGUCAUGUGGACAAAUUGAAGUUGCUGUCUCUGGAAGGGGAUGCGCUUUAGUUCAAUUGACAAUGACAUACAACUCGAAAAACUUGCCGAAAGCUCAAGACUUCAAGUUGGCAGUUGACGUAUCUUCAGUGUCGAAUGUUGACGAAUGUUCCGUCAGAAAAAUAUCACCCUGUGUGACGUACAAAGGAAGCAGUCCACUGGCAAAUAUGGCGGUUAUGGAAGUCAGUUUGCCGUCUGGAUUUAUUGCUGACAGGUCCUCGCUAGACAACUUGAUACAGUCAGGAAAUUAUACAAAGAUUAAAAUGUUUGAAGAAACUGAUAGGCAGAUCAACCUCUACUUCACCAAGCUUGACAAAAGCGAAGUAUGCUUUUCUUUCAGCAUUAUGGAAAAUACAAAACUGGAUUAUAGGAAGGAAAAUCUCAUAAAAAUAUACGAUUACUAUAAUCCGGAAAGAAGUAUAUUACAGUUCUAUAAAUUAGCAAAUAAUUGUACUGAAGAACAUAUACAAGAGAUUGAUGAAAAAGGUCAUCACACGAGUCAACUUAAUAAAACUGAAAAUUUUCUAAAAGCAAAUGAUACGAAAAAUAAUAUUUCAUAGAAAUAUCUAAGUUAUCUUUUAAAAAUAUACAGAAUCCUGCAACAGUAUGUCGGAUAUCUGUAGGUCCUAUAAAAAAGAGCCUAGAAAUUUUGUUUAAGUGUAUACCUAAAGUAUGUACUAGGAUGUAUUUAUUAAAAUAUUUCAACUUCUACACGAUGGCUCAAAAAAUGUGAUUGGAUCGGGAAGAUUUUUUUGAACACCCUGAAUACUAUGGCAUUUUUAGUUUCGUUUCUGAUCACUUUACAUAAACCUAAGAUAUUAUUAAAUUUCUUUUGAUUGUUUCGGAUAAUAUUAAUAAAUA